AUGAUUCCACGAUAUGAGAAGCCUUCACCGUCACACUCUGGGCGGUCCCCGUCUCACUCCUCGGGAGCAGAGGAUGGGGGUUCCCGCUUCGCCUUCGUAACCGAGGGCACGUUGGCCGAAGCUCGCAGCCAUGCAAUGCGGGAGCACUGGAGGCAGCGCCAACGGCGCAAGCAGAAAUCAGAAGAUCGCCGAACCCAGAGGAAAAUAUUGCCUCACACAAGCCCCGUGGAGAAUAGUAAACCCAAACCAAACCGCACUCCUGAACCAGUAGUUGAGUAUCAUUGUGCCGAGGAUGUCUUCCUGCUGCACCAGCCCAGUCCGACCCGUAUAAAAUCCAGAUACUCAGAUUACGGCGAAGAAAACACCGAAGCCAGGCUAAUUACCCACGCGGCUAUGAUGUUCGAUGAUGUCGCCAUUCCGAGCUUUAACCCGAUGAAAGAUGUUUGGUUUCCCUUGGACCUCUCCAACGCUGCUUCUUUUUAUGGGAUUAUGGCCCACUCAGCAGCUCAUUUGGCUCAUCUCUACGCGGGGAUGAACCCUUCCAAAGGAACCGUCUCCGCCGAUGCGUUGAAAUACAAAUCUGAGGCAGUGAGCAUACUCUCUACAUGGAUGGCCGACCCAGAGAAAUCGCUGAGUAACGAUGCCUUUGCUGCUAGAUAUUGGGGGACGGAAGAGGAGUGGAUGGUGCAUCGUACCGGUCUUCAAAGAAUGAUCGACGCACGGGGUGGUAUUGAUAAGCUGCACGAUAAUUGGCGGCUGGAGCUUGUCGUCUAUCUCGUUUCCUUAAUGUCUAAACCGACGUGGUUCGAGUCGUCGAAUAACAUAUCACAAAUAUCCGAGCAGUCAUUUCAGAAUGCAGCGAAAGCAGCUUUAGUGGAUACACAGAAGGUCCGCUGCCUGUGGCUGAUAUCCUUCAUUCAAGACAUGCGAACCCUCAUGGCAUUCUCAUCUCGACUAUAUCUGGACGGCCUCGCGUCUUACCCCUCUCUGUACGAUGCCGUUUUACUCCUACGGUCGAAUUUCCACCUAGCCAACGAAAGCCCUUCCCAGGCCGCCAGCUUCUCCUCCGACUACGACAGACUGGCUUGUCUAUUUUCCAUCUGUAUCACGAUGCAAGAAUCCAUAUCCCGCUCACCUGUCACAGCAGCACUACCCGCGCCCGAGAUUUAUAAUGACAUGGCAUUACUGGAUGUCGCUCUUUCAACCUCACGAAACGUGUGGCAAACUUCGGUAUACAGUCUGCGUGCAUUCCUGCAUAACCACUUCGUGGCAUAUCACCGGGACGGAGCCGCGAAGAUCGAUUAUGUCAUGAAGAUGACGGACGUUCUGGGCCAUCUCAGUCUUGAGGCACGUAGGGGUGUCGAAAAGUGUCUUUUGAAUAUGCUGUGUCGUGCACGGGAGGGAAAGCUAUGGUAUUUAACCGAUGAUGGCUGGACUCCUGAUUCGCUGCUGUCGUCUGUACAUGGCCAGUGA